AAAGUUUAUGUUUGAAUCAUUUGUUUGUUUAGAGUUGAUUGCAAAAAAUACAUUUCACUAAGCUUGUAGUAGUACAAGGUGACGUCACAAUGAGUACCAUAACUAACCACAAGCUGCAAAGACGCAACUCAAAGUUUCGAAUGUCGUUCAAGAGCAAGAAAGCCCGUCAAGUGAUGGUGGAACAAACCUGCAACGAGCUGGCUACAGAGGGAGAGCGGCUGUGCAAGGAGGGCCUCUGGGAGGAAGGCAUAGAGCGCCUGGAGGCAGCUACUAGGACUGGAACCAGUGACAUUAAAACUCUCAGUGCACUGUACAGCCAACUGGGUAAUGCAUACUUCUAUCUGGAGAACUAUGGCAAAUCCCUGGAAUAUCAUAAGCAAGAUCUGACCCUUGCAAGGAGCAUGGGGGACAAGUUGGGAGAGGCAAAGGCAUGCGGGAAUAUUGGCAGUGCUCUGAAGGCACUCGGACAGUUUGACGAGUCCAUUGCUUGCUGUAGGAUGCAGCUUGAUCUGGCGAGAGGAAUGGCUGACAAGGUAUUGGAGAGCAGAGCACUGUACAACCUUGGCAAUGUCUACCACGCUAGAGGGAAGAGUGUGACAGAGGCCUCCACUAGUCAGGGGGAGUCCUUCGUUAGAGGCUCUCUAGAGCAAGCGGCACGGCAUUAUGAACUCAACCUGAAGAUUGUCAAAGAGCUGGGAGAUCAUCAAGCUCAGGGUCGCACCGUUGGUAACCUUGGUAAUACGCACUAUCUCCUAGGCAACUACAAGAAGGCCAUCAAGUACCACGAAGAGCGACUGACUAUUGCUGAGAUUCUUGGCGAUAAAAUGGCUUGUCGGAGAGCGUACAGUAACCUAGGCAACGCUCAGGUAUUCCUGGGCAAGUACAGUGCUGCAGCUCAAUACUACCUGAAUGCUCUGGAAGUAUCUAAGGAAGUCGGUGAUGUUGCCUUCGAGGCACAGUCUUGCUACAGCCUGGGAAACACUUUCACUCUCAUGGAGAACUAUCAUCGAGCUAUCGACUAUCACAUGAAACAUUUGCACUUUGCUCUACAGCUGGGAGACAAGAUGGGAGAGUUACGCGCCUACUGGAGUCUUGGUAAUUCCUACACAGCUAUGAGAGACCAUAUUCAAGCUCGGCAUUUUGCUAACAAGCAUCUGACGAUCUGUCUGGAGUUGGGGGAUUGUGAGGGUGCUGCAACCGCUAGGAAGAAUAUUGAAGACUUGGAUACUGUGUUAAACCUUUGCAACAAAUAUGAGUGCCCAUCCCCCUCUCCACGAUUAUCAAGUGCUUCUCAUGAUUGGGGCAACGUUCGCCGCAAAACUCGACUUGGUAAGAAAUUGAGCAUUGCUAGCAGCACCACUAGUACAGGCUCAGGAGUGUUUUAUAAGCAUUCUCGCCAAGACUCGCGUGCUGGCUCCACAGGAACUACGUCACCCACUAGCUCAAUGGCAUCAUCACAUGAAGACUCUCUUGGCACUAUCACUGUUGAUGAUGUUACAUUGGACGACGGGUUUUUUGACAUGGUGACCAAGUGCCAGGCUCAUCGCUUGGAUGACCAGCGAACUACCUUUCCCUCAAACCAGCCUAUUCAACACAAGGAGCGUGAGGACGAUUUGUUUGACAUGCUCUGGACAUUACAAGAAUCACGGAUAGAGGAUCAACGAUCUGCAAUGAUUGAGCCCCCUCACAUCAUGGCCCAGGGUCGACCUCAGGGAGGGCAGUCUCAAGAGGAGCUCUUUGAUAUGAUCCUGUCUGUCCAGAGCUCAAGAAUUGACGAGCAAAGAUCUGUGGACCCGAUGUUGCCUAGCAAUAGAGCGGCAGUUCGGAAGAGCACUAUGCCUAGUGAAGAUUUCUUCAAUUUGAUUCAACAUCUUCAGUCUACAAGGAUUGAGGACCAACGCAGCCCCUUGCCACUGCUGGCCAACUAGACAUAAUGCAUCAUUCAGCACACCAUUAUUCAUUGACUGUUGCACUUCUGACAACUCUUGCUCCUAAACUAACACCCUAGUGGCUAUUAUGUGACUCACUCUCUGUUUGUGUGUGUGUGUGUGUGUGCUGUGAUUUUUAUUGUGUGCACUGAAUGUGUCUUAUUAAGAGUACUCAAUGAAUCUUGUUAUAAAAUCAAUUGUUCAAAAAUCAA